AUGUCUUCCGCCGUCCGCAACGCCCUUGUGCGCGCCAGCCGCCCGGCUACCGCGGCCCUCGGCCGCCGUGCUGCCACCACACACGCCAUCUCCAACCCUACGCUGGCCAACAUCGAGAAGAGAUGGGAGGCCAUUCCCCCUGCGGAGCAGGCCGAGCUCUGGAUGUCUCUGCGCGACCGCAUGAAGGGUAACUGGGCUGAGCUUACCAUUGCGGAGAAGAAGGCCGCCUACUGGAUCGCUUUCGGUCCUUGGGGCCCCCGCACCGAACCUCCCCAGGGUGAGGGCAAGAAGGUCUUCCUCUACACUGUUAUCGGUCUCGGCGUCAGCGCUGCCAUCUUCGGCACCAUGCGCGCUUUCGCCAAGCCCGCCCCCGCGACCAUGACCAAGGAGUGGCAGGAGGCGACAAACGAGUACCUCAAGGCUCAAAACUCCGACCCCUUGACCGGUAUCUCGUCCGAGGGCUACAAGGGCAAGGGCCACAUCCAGUCCCCCUCAUCAAAGGCUUAA